AGGUCUGUCACUGAUCAACCAAAUCCCACAUUUCAACAUCCGCUAAAUGGGAUUGCACAAGUUUGGGCCUCUCUGUGUAAAGGAAAUAAGUAGACCACCAGAGACUGGAGCAGCAGACAUGGCGAGGACGAUUCUCCUGCUGCUCUCGCUGCUGCUGCUGGGAAUGGCACUGCUGGGGAAUCCUGCCAAAGAGAUCUUUGAGAAGCUGCUGCGCUCUGAAGACCCCUCAGUAUCCUUUGGCCAGUUGAAUCUCAAUGAAGCUGAGGUCCACCUUCGGCAACGAAGAGCAGCUGCAGACAUAGAAGUGCGACACCUGGAGCUUCUGGUGGUGGUGGGCACAGAUGUACAGCAGGCUCACCUGGAGGACACAGAGAGAUACAUCCUCACCAACCUUAACAUUGCGUCUGAGCUGCUGAGGGACGCGUCACUUGGAGCCAGCCUCCGGGUCCAUCUGAUACGCAUGCUGAUUCUGAGUGAGCCGCAGGUGGACAUCCAGAUAUCCACCAACAUCACAUCCUCCUUGAUCAGCGUGUGCCAGUGGAGCAGCCGACAGAACCCGGGCAACGACUCUGACCCGCUGCAUGCCGACUUAGUCCUUUACAUCACCAGGUUUGACCUCGAGCUUCCUGAUGGGAACAAGCAAGUGCGCGGUGUCACACAGCUGGGUGGCGCUUGUUCCCAUCGCUGGAGUUGUGUCAUCACUGAGGACACUGGCUUUGACCUGGGUGUUACUAUCGCACAUGAGAUUGGACACAGCUUUGGGAUCAAUCAUGAUGGCAUUGGCAAUGAAUGCAACACUGGGGGCUUCAUCAUGGCUUCAGAAGGAGGCUACAACAGUGUGGAUCUCAGCUGGUCUCAGUGCAGCCGAGACCAGUUCCUCGUCUUCCUCAGUCAGGGGAAGGCGAAUUGCCUGAGUGACCUGCCGGAUCUUGAAGGCAGCCUUCCUGGAUGGAAACCGGGUUUAUAUUACGGUGCAGAUGACCAGUGCAAAAUUGCCUUUGGCAGAGGAGCCCGUGCCUGCACAUUCCAGCGGACUGACAUUGAUGUCUGCAGGGUGCUCUCUUGCCAUACCAACCCCAGCGACCACAGUAGCUGUACUCGUAUGCUCAUCCCCUUGCUAGAUGGGACCGAGUGCGGGCCCAAUAAGUGGUGUCUGAAAGGUCGCUGUGUCUCCCCACAAGAGGUUCGCUCUUUGCUUCCAGUCAACGGUGCCUGGUCCGGUUGGACGGCGUUCUCUCUGUGCUCACGCACUUGUGGCGGUGGGGUCACGUUCAGAAGGCGGCAGUGCAAUAAUCCCAGGCCGGCAUUUGGUGGGCACAAAUGUGAAGGAAAACACCUGGAGGCCAAGCUCUGUAACCGGCAGCCUUGCUUGACAACCCAAGUGGACUUCAUGGCGGAGCAGUGUUCCCAGACCAACACGGAGCCACUCUUCCUUACCGCAAGAGUGCCAUCUUACCACAAGUGGACUCCUACCCUCGGCUUUGCCACAGGUGACGCUCAGUGCAAAUUCCUGUGUCGCUCCGAGGGGAAGAACUUCAUGAUGAGCCGGGGGAGCCAGUUUAUCGAUGGGACGCGGUGUGAGCUGGGGAGCCCAACACUCAGGGCACCGGUUGGCAUCUGUGUGGCAGGAGAGUGCAGGGAGUUUGGCUGUGAUGGUGACUUGGACUCUGAGCAGGUGCUGGACGUCUGCGGUGUCUGUGGUGGUAACGGAUCUUCAUGCACAGAGGUGACGGGCGGCUACUCAGAAGGCAGGUCGCGAGAGUAUGUCACCUUCCUGACACUCCCACUUAAUGCCACAACUGUCCAUGUUGUCAACAACAGAUCUUUGUUCACCCACCUUGCCAUCAAGAUCAAAAGUCAGUAUGUGCUCGCUGGCAAAGGCAGCAUCUCAAUGAACAGGACCCACCCGUCCACCCUUGAGGACCUCUGCAUGGACUAUAAGCUCUACCUCACCACCGGAAGUCUGCCAAACUCUGAGGAGCUCUUCAUCAGAGGGCCUGUGGAGGACGAGACGCAGAUCCAGGUGUUUCGUAAGUACGAUAAAGAGUAUGGCGAGAUCACCAACCCCAACAUCACCUACUCCUACUACCUGCCCACCAUAAAGUCCACCUUCUCGUGGCUGGCAGUCACCACAGCCUGCUCUGUUACCUGUGGGGGAGGAGUACAGAAGACGUCCUACACCUGCGCCGACGCCGGCACAAAGGAAAGGGUGGAAGAGGAAAAAUGUAAGGGCAUCCCUCAGCCUGCAGUGAAGCACCAGCUCUGCAAUGUGAGACCCUGCCCACCCAGGUGGGAGGCUGGUGAGUUUGGACCCUGCAGCAUCAGCUGUGGAGGAGGAGUGAGAAUGCGGCCGCUACGUUGUCUAAGGAAGGAAAAGGAGCUGACCGUCAAACUUCCCCAUCACAAAUGUCCCAGAGAGACCAUGCCUGUGCUGACGGAGGUCUGUGGCAUAGCUCCCUGCCCAGCCAGCUGGAGAGCUCAAGAUCAGGGUCCCUGCAGCGCCACCUGUGGCGGAGGUGUGUUGCCCCUCCACAUUUACUGUGCCAGGGAUGCUGGAGCCCAGGAGGAGGCCCUACCCGAUGAAGACUGUGGACAUCUUCCUCGGCUGGAAGCCUUUGAGGGAUGUGGCACUGCUGCCUGCCCACCCAGGUGGUCCGUGUCUCAUGUUGGCAAUUGCUCGGCUAUUUGUGGCCCAGGUGUGACUCCCCAAACGUCCAUCUGCGUCCAGUCUGUUGACGGCUCAGAUAUUGAGGUGGACCACGCGCUGUGCCCUUCAGCAGAGAAGCCCUUGGAAUUCCUGCCCUGUGUGGUCAGUGUCUGUCCAGUUGGCUGGGACAGCUGGCACAGCUCUGAGGCCGUCCAGUUUAAGAUGACCAAGUCUAAGGAUCCCAUCUACCUUGAAGAGCAUCCUGUGUACGUGUGGAGCCCUGUGACUGGACCCUGCUCUGAGACCUGUGGUGGAGGGCUAUCAGAGAUCCAUUACGUCUGUGUGGAGCACAGAAGCAAGAACCCGAUGUUAGAGGAGCUGUGCGAUGAGACAAGCCGGCCGGAGACGAGACAGGAGACUUGCAACCCGGAGCCGUGCCCUCCUCAGUGGGAAGUCCAAGCUUUUGGUCCCUGCAGUGCCUCAUGCGGUCAAGGAAUGGCAAUGCGGACGGUGCGCUGUGUGAGGAUGACCAGCAGUGCGAUGGUCGGCCAGCUGGAGUCUGUCUGUGACGGUUUGCCCAAACCCACCGAACGGGAGAGCUGUCAGGCUGGUCCCUGUCCUGCGAGGUGGCGCUACCAGUCAGGAGCCUGCAGUGCCUCCUGUGGCGGUGGGCUGAUGAGGAGGGUCCUGUACUGCGUGCACGACGGGGACGGCAGUGAGGAGGUGCUGCCGAAUGAGGAGUGCUCGACUAUGUCCAAACCCGAAGAACUGGAGACGUGCAACCCUGAGCCAUGCCCACCCAGAUGGAAAGCGUCUGAAACCACCAGCUGUUCCUCAUCUUGCGGCUUCGGAGUGGCCGAGCGGAUUGUGGCCUGCGUUCAGUUCCACCAGGGAGUGGACACUGAGGUGGAUGAAGCGAGGUGCCCCGUGACAGAGAAACCACCUUCUGUUGUGCCCUGUAUGAUCACCGUGUGCCCCUUCAGCUGGGAGGCUCAAAACUGGACGGAGUGCUCAGUCUCCUGUGGCUACGGCGUCCAGUCCAGAAUGGUGUCCUGCAUCGGCCAGGCUGUCCAGCAGCCCCUCAGCCCGCUCUUCUGUAUGCACCUGCCCAAGCCGAUCACCCUGCAGGGCUGCCAGCGUCCCUCAUGCCCGGUGCCCAUUGCCAUAACACCAAGCUCUGUGCCCAGGACCUCAAAUGCACCUGCAACUGCCAUCUAUGGGCCUCCUUCAGUUACCCCGACUCUGGCACCACGAAGACUGACAAACGACUCUUACAGUCCUUGUGGGGAGCUCCUCCUGGAAGACGCCGGCGUGGUGGACCUGAGGGACGUGGGGCGCAGAGACUGCCUGCUGUCUGUUGGCCGGCCACUGGGGGAGGUGCUGGAGGUCAAGGUCGUGUCCAGUUCUCUCAAUUGUAAAGAAAGGGAGUUUGUCUUGUUUUACGAGCAGCUGAUGCUCCUCAAGAAGUGCGAGCGGCUCACCGGCUACACCAUAACAUCCCGCAGCAAUGUCUUGAUGAUCCGGCAAGGCCGCCUGGCACCCGGCCGAGGCAUCCUCUUACACUACUGGAGUAAGGCGGCCACCAAAAGGCAUCACAGCGAUUGCGACGUGCAGCUCUUUGGUGUCACGGGAAAGAUCGUCAACCCCAUCCAGAGCCAGGCACUGGGGCAUCAGUCCUGCAGGACCUUUGUCAACGUGGCACCGAGGCGGCGGAUUGAAAUCCGGGCUUUGAGCAUGAACAUGGCGGCACAAGUCAACGGGUCCUACAUCCUGAUCCGAGAUGUAGACAUCAUGAGGACUUGGGUCUUCCAUGGCAACAGCCUCUUCUUCUGGCGCUCUUCCGGCAGCCGAGCAGAAAUCGAGUUCCAUGGGGAGUACCUGAGACGCCUGGGCACCUUCCACGGGGAGUUCUCUGCCAUUGAGCCCUGAUGCUGAUCCGUCAGUGGUGCCCGGACUUGCAGGAGGUGAAUGAGAUGCCAGGCGGCCUCCCUUCUGUGCUUGAAUAUAAAACUGGGAUAUUUGUACUGAAUUUGUAUAUAGAGUGUAUGUGCACACACUGCAACUGGAGCGCCUCCUAGUGGGGGCUAUCACUCACAGAGCGCCUUUAAGGUAUGCUCUCGACACCCUGCAGCCAUGCUGCCCCCUUUCUGCCCACACGGAUUUGUAGAGAAGCGCUCCAGCUUUCAAUAUGUGCGUCUCUCUCCUGUGUGCCUUUACUUUGGACCUUCUCACCCGGACAAAGAUGUAGAAAUCCAACAUGUUACACUUGGGACACCCACGGGCCCAGCCUUUAUGACAGGAGCUGUGCCAAAUAGACUGAACAUACCAGUGUGCAUGUGCCCCUUCCUGAGGUGGACUGGCACCCCAUCCGGGUCUGUUUCCUGCCUUGUGCUGCUGAGGUGGGCUUCAGCCCCCCACAUCCCCCCAGGUGGGUUUGAGAGGCUUAUGCAAGUUUCAAGCUGCACACAAAAACAUCGUGGAGACACAUGUGCAAAGAAGUACAGUGCAUGAAUAUUCAUAUACAUGUACACAUAGACCUACAAAUAACUGUACACACACCAAUAUACCGUACAGAAACAUACGUACACAUCACAGAAACACACACAAUGCAUACAUACAGUCUAUACAGGACAUGUACUCGUACAGACAGACACAGUGCACAUUACUGUACAGACAUACAGGCAGACUUGUAUAUACAGUACAUGCACAAAGAAUCCAUGCAGUAUAUUCACCAAUGCAUGCAUCUACACAUAUAAAGAAAUAAUUGCAUAUAUACACCUUCACUUACAUAUAAAUAUAAUGCACACACACGGCAACAUAUAUACAUGUUACAUACAUAUGGUAAACUCAUUUAUAAAUAAGGUACACCUGCCUUUAUAUACUGGACGCACAAACAUAACGGUACACAAAUGCACAUACAUCAAUAAAUAUAAUUUUAUAUAUAUAUAAUAAAUAUAUAUAUUGUGGGGAACAGCCCAGACACAGACAGGAAGACAUGAUUUAAGCACCACAACUUGUUUAUUUACACAAACACAACCCAGUUCCGCAGCACCAAUCACCCCAAAGUCCAGGCCAUCAAUACAAUACCUUUCUCUUCUGAUCCACCUCUCCUCUCCUCUGAGCUCUGUCCUCUUCCACCCGACUCCACCUCUCAAAUGGAGAGAGGCGGCCCCUUUAAAGCUCACCCGGAUGUGCUCCAGGUGCCUCCCGAUGAGCACCCGCUGGCACUCCCUGGUGUGGCGGAAGUGCUGGCUGUGCACCCGGAAGCACUCCGGGUAUCCCUGGUCUUCUCCCCACCACCCAGCACUUCCACCACACCCCCGGGCCAGGGCUCCUCAGGCAUUAGGGCACCACCUGGCGGUGACCACGAGCCCCUAUAGGGUUGAGCUUCUAAGCUCUGUUCCCGUGGUCCCCAAAGCCACCAGGGCGGUUGCCCCCACGUGGCCUGGCGGAGGAGUAAGCUCUCCUCCGGUCCUCCUGGGCGUCCAGGCUGGGUACC